GGCCUGGUCAAGCGAUGAGUCUUCAGGUAGAAGAGGUUCUGUAUCAGAAAAAGUCCAAAUUUCAGGAUGUGUUGGUGUUUAAAAGUCCUGUUGAGAAGACUGAAGUCUGCUGAUCACAAAUUGUCCGUAUAGCCACCAGGAAUUGUUCCAGGUGGUCAGUAAACUGGUAACCUUGGAGACCACAUGUUCUCUAUGCACUGAGUUCUCAUUACUGAUCAGUUCUAACAUCCUCAUGUGAGUUACAUACAAAGUCUGCAUAUCAAGGGUUCUUAAAAAAAACAACAACAACCUUUUACAAUAAAUGUACAAUGCUAUACUAUUUGGCUAUUUAUUUAAGCCAGAAUGUUUUCAUUUUUCUAACCUUUCCUCCCAUGGAUCCCAUUUAUAUGAAUACUGGCAGGUUAGAUUCCAGUUGAGGUUGUUAUUUAUAGGCGUACUAACUUUCAUGACGGUGGAUAUCCAGCACUGUAACAAAACAACAACGAAAAAAAAUCUCACCCAGGAAGGCUAUAGUAACUCAAAUAACCACUCAUUGCAACCGUGGUGAGCAGAAAAGCAUCUCAGAAGGCACGUCACAACCUGAAGCAGAAAGGCUGGAAGACCACGUCAGAUUCCACUCCUGUUAGCCGAGAACUGAAGGUUUUUACACCGUAUGUAUUGGAUUAUACACUGAACAACCACGUUAUUAGGAACACCUUUACACCUACUCAUUCAUGGAAAAGGCUUGAAGAUUGGAAAAAGACCAGGUGACCAGGUGAUUUUUUCAAUUUUUGGAAACUGUCCUGUUUUGGAGAUCCUGUGCCCGUUGUAGCCUCACAUUCAUGUUCUUGGCCAUCAGGAGUGGAAGCCGAAGUGGUCUUGUGGUGUUCUAGACAUUUCGCAUCAAGGUCUGAAACAGUGGCUAUGUUUACAUGGAGAGCAGUAAUGUAAUUUUUGACCUUAUUCUGAUUAAGGUGUUUACAUGAGUCGCGUUUAGAAUAUUCCUUUCAUGUUGCCGUUUUACAUGUUCUAGAUCAUAGAUGGAUUAACGGCACACGUCAUUACGUCACCACGCCACGCCGUCCGACGUUCCCUCCAGAAUUUCACGUAUCGACAUACAGUCCGUCUUCGUUAUGGUAUCGUAUACAGUUUUGGGUGUUUUUAUUUUUAAUUUUACGAAACUUCAAGUGCGGUUAAUUAUUUGUCAUGAUAUACAUGCAAAUAGAUGACUGCUUGAAGCCGUGGGCUGCGUCCCAUACCGCAUACUUACGUACAUGUAUUUCUCCUACUAUAUAGUAGGCAAGUACGCGGUUUGGGACGCAACCGUGCUCUCUUGUUUGCCAUCAAACGGUUGAGUACUGCCGUGUGUGAUCGUGUCCUGUCGCAAAAUGCGGUGAAAACUCUCACACGACGUUAAUAACGUGAUGAAGGUGUGUACGUGUCUGUAAUACACGUCGAUAAUGAGACUAAAGCAGGAAUACUCCACACGUCUUAAUUCCAUUUGUGUUUACUUCGAGUAUGACUUUAAUCGGAUUAAGAUCAUCAGUAAUCUCUGUUUACAUGCUAGCGUCUUAAUCAGAGUAUCAUCUUAAUGGGGUUAAUAUCGGAUUAUUGUAGUCCAUGUAAAUGUACAGACUGUGAGAUGCUGUUCUGCUCACCACGGUUGUAAAGAGUGAUUAGGUCAGUUACCGGAGCCUUCCCGCCAGAGCAAACUAGUCUGGCUAUUCUCCUCUGACCUCUCUCAUCAACAAAGUGUUGCCGCCCACAGAAUUAUCACUCGCUGGAUGUUUUUUGCUCCAUUCUGCGUGAACGCUAGAGACCAUUGUGCAUUACUUUAAUCAGUCUGUACUGGAUUUCACAGUCUUUUUUUUGUGAUUGUUGCAGCCAAAAAUGCUUGAGAUAUUUGUUCUUUUCUUUUUUUGCAGAAAACUACUUGAAUUGGCGAAACUGCAGUUGCACGAAAUUGUUUGGCUCGGCACUUCACAGUGAUGUUUGUUAGUAAAUGAGACCUUUUAGCUGUACAAAUGUUUGACGCUUGUGAUGACGUCACAUGACGUGUGUCGUCUCAAAUCGGUGGGAAAUCUGCGGUAAUUUAUUAUAGUUAUUACAUAUUGCAGAGCUUGCUUGCUUUUACAUUCAUUUCUGCGAUAGCGAAAUCUUGGAGGGACUGUUUAAUGUGUUGUGCUGCUGUCACAUGAACGGAUAAUUGCACGAAUGAGGUGCAGGUGUACAGGUUUUACUAUUAACGUGUAAUAGUGUUUGAUUGAAAGAUUUAUUUGUCAUUUGUAAAUGGUUUUUUAUCACUAGAAAAAUCCAUAAUCCUUCUUCUAGCAUUUUUUUGGGGGUUAUUUCAACCAGCCUGAUAAAUAAAAGAUUGAAGUCUGUCGAAAAUGCCUGUUUCAAACGGAAUGAGUUGCAUCUUUUAUUCUUUGUUCUAGUCUGCUGUAUAACCCGAACCAACAGGACUUAACAGUUUCUAAAACAAAACACCUUUGUAGGCGCCCUUAUCCAGAGCGACUUACAUUUAACAAAAAUUUUUUUUCAUACAACCGAGCAGUUGAGGGUUAAGGGCUGUGCUCAAGGGCCCAGCAGUGGCAGCUUGGCUGUGCUGGGAUUUGAACUCACGACCUUCCGAUCAGAAGUCCAGCGUCCUAACCUCAGAGUUACCACUUCCCCAUAACCCACGUUAUAACUCCGAAUUUCUAAAAACAAUAACCAUGUCUCUGUAUUUCUGCAGAUAUUAAAAACCAAGCGUAAUCUUCUAAGUACAAAUGUCUCCAGUGUGUGUAUUACAGGCACCAUCAACCAUGCUCGCUUACUCUACUCUACUUUACUGUAUUUCUCCGGUUGUCUGCAGUAAGACUUAUGGCAACGUCCUGGUGUUGGAUGGCGUGAUCCAGUGCACGGAACGAGAUGAAUUUUCCUACCAAGAAAUGAUCGCCAACCUCCCGCUGUGCUGCCACCCUUGCCCUAAGAAGGUUCUGAUCAUCGGCGGAGGAGACGGCGGGGUGCUGAGGGAAGUGGUGAAGCAUCCGAUGGUCGAGUCUGUAGUUCAGUGUGAGAUUGAUGAGGAUGUCAUUAACGUUUCGAAGAAGUACCUCCCUGGAAUGGCGAAGGGGUUUUUUAGCCCCAAGCUGACUCUGAAUGUAGGAGACGGUUUCGAGUUCAUGAAGAAGAAUCAGGAUGCUUUCGACGUCAUCAUUACGGACUCCUCAGACCCUGUUGGCCCAGCAGAAAGCCUGUUCAAAGAAUCCUACUACCAGCUCAUGAAAACGGCGCUGCGUGAGGGUGGAAUUCUUUGCUGUCAAGGAGAGUGUCAGUGGCUUCACUUGGAGCUGAUCAAAGAAAUGCGCAUCUUCUGCAAGUCUCUGUUCCCUGUAGUGGACUACGCUUACUGCACCAUCCCUACGUACCCGAGCGGCCAGAUCGGCUUCAUGCUCUGCAGUAAAAACUCGGACACGAAUUUCCGUGAGCCAGUACGGGAGUUGACGAGGGACGAGAUCGAGAGCAUGGACCUCAAAUAUUACAACCCUGAAAUCCACCGAGCUGCUUUUAUUCUACCUGAAUUUGCCAGAAAGGUCCUAAGUGAAGUGUAACUGGAUUCUCGCGUACCAUCUUGUCUUACCGCUGCUUUGUGAAAUCAGGGCGAUGCCGUUAGCACAGCUGCUGUGUGUGGGUAUGGAUGUGUGGUUGUGUGUACCGCCUCUCUCUCUCUCUCUCGGUCAAGAAAAGGGAAUUUAUGUGCAUUUUGCACAGUUUUCACUCCAAUCUCCUAAACACUUAGUGAUUUUUUUUUUUUUAUUAUUAUUAUUUUUUUUUAUUUAUUUGCUUUUUGUUUCUAUCUGUACAUCAUCCACACUGUCAGUUUCUUACACAGUUUACAGCCAAGUGCCAGAAAUGUCUCAUCGUACGCGUUACAUGACCUGGGAUACGACAGUCAUAGUGAGGUCAAUACAAACAUGACACUUAUUUUGUGUUACAUUCCACUUCGGCUCGGUCCUGAGCUUUUCAUUUUUCCGUUUUCUGGAAUAGCGAUCAAACUGAAGACGCAGCGUUUGAGUCCUGUGGCUGUUGGACCGUGAACGUGCUUUGUUAAGGAUUUUGACUAAACUGAGAGAUGGCAGAUUGAUGGCUAUAGUACAGUAGAGAGUUAACAAACAUUGAAAUGCUCAUAGUAAAAUAAGCUAAUACAAAUUAACUUGAGGUUCAAAAGUUACAAGUAAAUCUGCAUCAUUAUGAUUAAUCAUGAACUGAUACAUAAGUGUUUUUUUUUGUGAGAAAUUUAAGCCUUAUCCUUAAUCCUUCUCCUGAAACGGUUUGGGCUGAGUAAGGUGCCGUGUUUUACUUCUCUUGCUUCUCUUACUUCACAAAUUGUAACGUUGCAAGCGCCUUGGAUAGAAUGAACAUAUUUUGUAUAGAACUUUCUGAACUGUGUGCCGUAUCGAUAUCAAUGGUGUGCUCAAAAUGUAUUUACUGUCUAACUUGUUGGCUUUGGGUCAUGAUUUCAGAAAGAAUGUGAACUCUGUAGACUCACAACUCAUGCUCUUUUGUGCUGAUGUGAAAUGUGGUUUUAGGUUCCCAACAAUGUCCAAUGAGAGGUCCGGUCACCCCAACGAGUUAAAUCAUUGUGAUCAGUUUUUAGAAGUGUAACUUUUAGGACCCAUGGGUUUAGGCCAUCCUCAUGUACCUGUUGUGUUGCUAUGAGCAGAGAUGUUUCCCUUUUUUUUUUUUCUCCCCCCCCCCCCCCCCAUAAACUGGUAUCAAUAAAUUCAAGUUCAUUUUGUGAAAUCUGUAACAUGAUUUGAAAUAAUAAAAUGUACAACAAAUGACUGAAUUGUCUUGUCUUUUUUUGGGCAACACUUGUAUAAACUACAGUCUUGGUGUAAAUGCAUGUAAGGAAUAAAACGCUUGGAGUUGUGCUGUAAUAAUAAUCAACAGAGUGAUGUGUAGCAGCGUUACUGAUACAAAUCUGA